CACCGAGAUUCUGUUACCCCUCACGUCCUUCAGCCGACUGAUGGCUUAAGCUUGGGGGAGAUGCUGCUGGUAUUUGGAAAAACUGUCUUGGAGUCCACCAAGUGUGCACCACUGAGUAGCUGGUGCCUGCAUCUCUCUCCUUUAGGCUGAAUUCACAGUUAUUUCAGAUUUCAGGAUUGAAUUAGAAUUGAGGUCCCUGACUUUCCAUAAUGUUUGGUGGCUAUGAGACCAUAGAAGCAUAUGAAGAUGACCUUUAUCGUGAGGAAUCAUCUAGUGAACUGAGUGUUGAUAGUGAGGUGGAAUUUCAACUCUACAGCCAAGUUCAUUAUGCCCAGGAUCUCAGUAAUGCUAUCAGGGAGGAAGGUCUUGAAGAAAAGAACUCUGGGAAUUCUGAGUUGAAUACUGAAGUACAUCAGAACUUAAUUGUCCUUUCAGAUAGUGAAGUCAUACAGCUAUCAGAUGAAUCAGAUGUCAUCACUUUGUCUGAUGAAGAUAGUAUUUAUAGAUGUAAAAGAAAGAACAUUAGAGUCCAAACACAGAAAAAGACCAGAGGUCCUCCUGCUUCUCCUUAUUCUGAUGAGUUGGCCGAUCAGAAAUGCAAACAGGAAAUUGAGAAGCCUAAACCUGAAGAAAGAUCAGGUGUGACCCAAGAAGUCAUGGUUAUAGAGGUCAGUUCAAGUGAAGAGGAAGAAAGCAUCACUUCUGAAAGUGAAAACGUGGAAAGCUGGAUGCUACUGGGGUGUGAAGUAGAUGAGAAAGAUGAUGAUAUCCUUCUCAACCUUGUGGGAUGUGAAAGCUCUGUUACUGAAGGAGAAGAUGAUGUACACUGGUUCAUCAGUGACAAAGAUGUGGAGGCCCAGAUAGGUAAUAACAGAUCAUCUGGAAGAUGGACCCGUCGAUACUAUUCAGCUGACAAAAACGUUACCUGUAGGAAUUGUGAUAAAUGUGGUCAUCUAUCAAAAAAUUGCCCCUUACCACAAAAAGUCCGUGCCUGCUGCCUCUGCUCUGAGAGAGGACACCUCCAGUAUUCCUGUCCGGCCCGCUUUUGCUUAGACUGUUCUUUGCCAAUGUCUUCCACUCACAGAUGUCUUGAAAGAUCUUCCUGGAGAAAACGAUGUGACCGAUGUGAUAUGAUAGGCCACUAUGCUGAUGCUUGCCCAGAAAUCUGGAGGCAGUAUCACCUAACGACCAAACCUGGACCACCCAAAAAGCCGAAGACUCCUUCUGGACAAUCAGCCUUUGUGUAUUGCUACAACUGUGCACAAAAAGGCCAUUAUGGACAUGAAUGUACAGAAAGGCGAAUGUUUAACCAGACAUUUCCAACAUCUCCAUUCAUCUACUACUAUGAUGACAAAUACGAAAUUCGGGAGAGGGAUCAGAGAAUAAAACGAAAAGUAAAAGAACUCAAGAAAAAUGGGGAUUUUCCAAGGCAGUUCAAAAGAUCAUAUAUGGAAGCAGCAGAUAAGAGACCCCACAAUGACAAGAGGAAGAGCUAUGCCUCCCAGGAAAACUACAGGUGGCAUCAAGGAGAUAAAGAAGCUCAGAGAGAAAUGAUGAGCAGGAGUAGGGACCCAGAGAAGCACAGGAAGGUUGGCAGGCAUUGGGAAGCGAAUGAGGACUUUCCUAGAGGCCCAGACACUCAUUUUCCCAGCGGUUUUAAAUCCCGGAAGCCUCACAAGUCCUUUCAUCACUCAUCACAUCACCAUAAGCCAAAAGAAGACAAGCUUCCCAGGGAUGGCAAGCGGAACAGGCAGAAGAAAAAGGGAAGAUAUGUGGAAGAUGACAGCAAUGAUAACUUAUUUCUUAUCAAGCAAAGGAAAAAAAAAUCAAAGCUGUGAUACAGCUUCUGAAUUCACUUCAUUUCUGUAACAUUCUAGCAACAUUUUUAUUACCUAUAAUUGAAUAAAGGGAAGUUGCUUGUUUUGAUUGUUAAA